AGCGUGAUGUUGAAAGCUAGAAUAAACUUUUAUGAAGCUCUACUCCUUUAAAUCCUACUUCCACCACAAAAGCUAAAUGGUACAAAAUUUUCUCAAAUACUUGAAAAAAACAUCGGCCAGGAUAGGAGCCUGCUCCCAUCAUCCAAUCCAAUGGUUACUGAUACUAGAUUGGGGAAAGCAAAUAUUUUACUUUCUUUCCACACGUAAAAAUAGCCUAUGGCUAGCAACACACUAUGAGUCUUAUUUUCUUUCUUCUCUUCCUAACUGAACACAUAAAGACUCCAUGGCCGACCAAACCCUCUCAACCAACGCAAGCAAGACUGCAAUCACCACCCCAGCAACCAUUGUUACUCCAGCAGCCAUAACCCCUACAACUGUUGGAAACCCAAACAACAAUCCAACCAAUGUCAUCACUUUCAAUGUCGCUAUCCAAUUUCCAGUGAAACUCACCACUGAUAAUUAUUCAAGCUGGAGUAGGCAAUUUAUCUCACUACUCAAAGUCUAUCGGCUGUAUGAUUUUUUAUUAGGAACAAGGUCAUGUCCUCCAGUAGACCACACUCCAGAUUCACCCUAUGAUGUUUGGGUGAGACAAGAUCAGUCCAUUCAGCAUGCAAUCAUGACUUCAAUUGCUGAAUCCAUUCACCCGUAUGUGGCCAGUACUGAAACCGCCAAUGAAGCAUGGACUGUGUUGGAAAGACUCUAUGCAAAUAAUUCUCAGACCAGAAUUGUGGCACUCAAGGAACGAUUGUCGAAUCUCAAGUGUGAAGGUAGAGCAAUCACUGACUACUUGCGUACGGUCAAAGAGCUUAUUGAUCGCAUUAGCCGUGCAGAGAAAACACCCCUCUCCAAUUCAACAAUCCAAGUUCACUUUUUGAAUGGUCUCGGAUCAGAGUACCGAGAGUUCAAAGCCUCCAUACGAGCUCGAGAUGGACCACCGCUGUCCUUUGAAGAUUUGCAGGACAGAUUGUUAGCCUAUGAAGAGUCCCUGCAGCGAGAAGACUCUCGCCAAGAAUUGCCAGCCCCACUCACGGCGCAAUUUGCAACUGCCAAUUCCAAGUUUAAUGGUAGACGUCAUAAUGCUAUGAGCAACCUGCAGCCAACCUCCUUCAAUCCUUAUGGAGAUUCUUCUAAUCACUCCACUAGAACUUCCACAGCAAGCCAGCAGCCUUUCAAUGGUCCAAAUCGUGGCAGUCCAAAUUGGCACUUUUAUGGUCCAGUAAACCACGGAAAUAGAGGCAAUCGUGGUAGAGGUGGUCGAAGAAAUUCAACCAACAGGUACAAUAAUCGCAAUAGUUUUGCCUGUCAAUUAUGUAAUGGUUUUGGCCAUUUUGCUAGGAAUUGUCCAGAUUUGAGGAAUCAUGCACAUGUGGCACAUUUUGCAUCUACAUCUCGCAAGGCAGACAAUGAAUGGUGGAUUGAUUCCGGUGCAUCAGAUCAUGUUACCCCAGACUUGGCUAAUCUUGCAUUACACUCAGAAGACAGUGGACCAGAUGAACUGCUUAUUGGAGAUGGAUCAGGAUCGCACCACGGGAGCGACGCUUCUUCGAGGGCACAAUCAUCAUGGCGUGUACCGCCUACCCGUCCAAGAUCCACUUAAGCUGGGUCCAAUGGCAAUGGUUGGUGAAAGAGCAUCUAUUAUGGAUUGGCAUGCGAGAUUGGGUCACCCUUCAUCCAAAACUCUAAAUAAAAUUUUCCAUCAUGU